UUUAAAAAGACUACGAUUAACUAAGCGAUAUAAUGUGUGGCAUUUUCGCAUACCUGAAUUAUCUAACGCCCAAGUCCCGCCAGGAGGUGCUGGAUCUGCUGGUGACAGGCCUGAAGCGUCUGGAAUACCGUGGCUAUGACUCUACCGGCGUCGCCAUCGACUCGCCCGACAACAAGGACAUUGUGAUGGUUAAACGCACUGGCAAGGUCAAGGUGCUGGAGGAUGCGAUUCAAGAGCACUUCAAUGGCGCCGAGUACAGUGAGCCGGUGAAGACGCACGUUGGCAUUGCACAUACACGCUGGGCCACCCACGGCGUGCCCUGUGAGCGCAACUCGCAUCCGCAACGCUCGGAUGAGGGCAACAGCUUUGUCGUGGUCCACAAUGGCAUCAUUACCAACUACAACGACGUGAAGACCUUCCUGUCAAAGAAGGGCUACGAAUUCGAGUCGGACACGGACACCGAGGUCUUUGCCAAGCUGGUGCAUCACCUGUGGAAAAAGCAUCCCAACUACUCGUUCCGGGAGCUCGUGGAGCAGGCGAUUCUGCAAGUGGAAGGCGCAUUUGCCAUUGCUGUUAAAUCGAAGCAUUUCCCGGGCGAGUGCGUCGCCUCACGGCGUAGCUCCCCCCUGCUCGUCGGUAUUAAGACAAAGACCCGAUUGGCCACGGAUCACAUUCCUAUUCUGUACGGCAAAGAUGACAAGCAACUGAGCUCCGAUCAAGAUGCCGACUCUGGCAAACCCCAAGAGUUGCGUCCCCAUGGACAAACUCGUGAAUUGCCAGUGUUGCCGCGCUCGGAUAGCACAUCGGAAUUCAUGCCAAUGGCGGAGAAGGAGGUUGAGUAUUUCUUUGCCUCGGAUGCCUCGGCUGUCAUCGAGCACACAAAUCGCGUCAUCUACCUGGAGGACGAUGAUGUGGCUGCUGUGCGGGAUGGCACGCUGAGCAUCCAUCGCCUGAAGAAGAGCCUGGAUGACCCGCAUGCCCGCGAGAUUACCACGCUGAAGAUGGAAAUACAGCAGAUCAUGAAGGGCAACUACGACUACUUCAUGCAAAAGGAGAUCUUUGAGCAGCCCGAUUCGGUGGUCAACACAAUGCGCGGACGUGUCCGCUUCGAAGAAAACUCCAUCGUGCUGGGUGGCAUAAAGGACUUUAUACCCGAAAUAAAGCGCUGCCGUCGCCUAAUGCUGAUCGGCUGCGGCACCUCGUACCACAGCGCCGUUGCCACGCGCCAGCUGCUGGAGGAGCUCACAGAGCUGCCGGUCAUGGUGGAGCUGGCCUCAGACUUCCUGGACCGCAACACGCCCAUAUUCCGCGACGACGUCUGCUUCUUCAUCUCGCAGUCCGGCGAAACGGCCGACACCUUGAUGGCGUUGCGCUACUGCAAGCAACGCGGAGCCCUCAUCGUCGGCAUCACCAACACCGUGGGCAGCAGCAUCUGCCGCGAGUCGCACUGCGGCGUCCACAUCAAUGCCGGCCCCGAGAUCGGUGUGGCCUCCACCAAGGCAUACACAUCACAGUUCAUAUCGCUGGUGAUGUUUGCGCUGGUCAUGUCCGAGGAUCGCUUGUCCUUGCAGCAGCGACGCUUGGAGAUUCUGCACGCUCUGUCCAAGUUGGCUGAUCAGAUUCGCGAAGUGCUCAAGCUCGACUCCAAGGUACGAGAGCUGGCCCAGGACUUGUAUCAGCACAAGUCACUGCUGAUCAUGGGUCGCGGCUACAACUUUGCCACCUGCCUGGAGGGCGCAUUGAAAGUCAAGGAGCUGACCUACAUGCACAGCGAGGGCAUCAUGGCCGGCGAGCUGAAGCACGGUCCGCUGGCGCUUGUGGACGAUUCCAUGCCCGUGCUGAUGAUCGUGCUGCGCGAUCCUGUCUACGUCAAGUGCAUGAACGCCUUGCAGCAGGUCACCUCCCGCAAGGGCUGCCCGGUGAUCAUCUGCGAAGAAGGCGACGAGGAGACAAAGGCCUUUUCGUCGCGCACCCUCGAGAUUCCCCGCACCGUCGACUGCCUGCAAGGCAUCCUCACCGUCAUUCCCAUGCAGCUGCUCUCCUACCACAUCGCCGUGCUCCGCGGCUGCGACGUCGACUGCCCCCGAAACCUGGCCAAGUCCGUGACAGUGGAGUAAGCAGACUUGCUUCCUUCUCAAGCGCCGGGCCACUCUCAAUACUUACCCAAGGCACCUCGCGUGCCCCAAUUCCAUAAAUAUCUCUAUAUGCAUACAACCA